UUGUGCGUUGGAUUUUAUACGAUUCGAAGCGCACGGACCAGAAGUUUUGCACGUGAAUAUCACGUGUUCUACACUCUGCGGUCCCAUGCACGACCCUCAUCAGUGCCGCCGGAGCUCAGGUGCUCAGGAAGACGUGCUGUGUUUGCACGUGGACGAACCCCCAAGCAGCUUGCCAAGAUCCCAUGGGCUUUGUUCUUAGCCGUCUUUCGGAAGGCGCCUUGUAGCCGGUUCCGGCAGCGCCUUCGACCACUCUUCGAGGGCUCCCUGGCCCUUGGGUGACUCAGCUGAAUUCACAAGAAGCUGGAUUAAUAAGGCUCUCGGAGUCCCUGUACGCGCAAGCCAGUUGCCGAGGAUAAUCUCUGUUCCAUCUGUGUAUCGAUGAUCGUUUGACGUCACUUCCGAGACUCCGGACUGAGAGGUAGGGCCCGCGAUAUAAGAGGGGGGCGUCUCCUGCGUUUGCUUUUCAUACUCGCAUCCCACUCUGCAUUACUGCCAAUGUCUUUCUGGACGUCUCCUCCUCAGCCUGCCACCAAGCUCGGUGUCUACCGCACUCUCUCUGCGAAAGCUGGCGUGCAUGUCUCGCCCCUGCAGCUCGGCGCGAUGAGCGUUGGCGACCAGUGGGAUAAGCUGGGCAUGGGCUCCAUGGACAAGGAAUCCAGUUUCAAGCUCCUCGACGCGUAUUUCGACGCCGGCGGAAACUUCAUUGACACCGCGAACAACUAUCAGGACGAGACUUCCGAGAUGUUCAUCGGCGAAUGGGCUGAGAAGCGCGACAUCCGGGACCAGCUGGUCAUCGCUACCAAGUACACGAGCGGAUUCAAAGCACGCCAGGACAAGUACGCGCAAAAGGUCAACUAUGUCGGCAACAACAUCAAGUCCAU